AACAAUUUUGACAGUGAGAGAAUAGCCAAAGGCCUCUCUCUCUUCUCUCUCUAGAAUACAGCUAUAUAUGCGCAGAAACUCAAUCGCGCUAUCAACACCAUCGUUGCCCAUAUUCGGUUGUGAUAACGAUAUCUCUCUCUUUUCUUCUCUCUCACAUAAACAUACUAUAAAUAUAGGACUACAAUCGUUGGGAAUUCUAACAAAGACUGAAUUUCGGUAAAACAAAAGCAGGAAGGAAAGGAAGAGGGCGCUUCAGUCUUCUCCAUUUGAAGUGGAGCCUCUCAGAUCUUGAAUUCGAUAUACUCCUGUUUGUUUGGGCUUCUGGAUUCUGGGGGGUGCUGUUAGUUUCGAUCUGUCGAAGAUCAUAUGCUCUUUUGUUGGAUAAGAAUCUAUUGUUUUAAGUAGCAAAAUCUCCCUGUUUCAGUUUGAGUUUUCUCUUGAAGAGAAUGGAAAUGGAUGCUGGGAAGCUGUUUAUUGGUGGGAUUCCGUGGGACACGAGCGAGGACUGUCUGAGACAAUAUUUCCAAGCUUUUGGUGAAGUGGUGGAAGCUGUCAUAAUGAAGGAUCGUGCUACAGGCCGUGCUCGUGGCUUUGGUUUCAUUGUUUUUGCCGAUGCUUCUGUUGCUGAAAAAGUUGUGAAAGAAAAGCAUGUCAUAGAUGGCAGAACCGUGGAAGCAAAGAAAGCUGUUCCGAGGGAUGAUCACCAGAACUUCAACAGAAACAGUGGGAGCAUCCAAGGUUCCCCGAGUCACGUCCGCACAAAGAAGAUUUUUGUGGGAGGUUUACCAUCUACUAUCACAGAAAGUGACUUCAAGAAGUAUUUUGAUCAAUUUGGAACAAUAACUGAUGUUGUUGUGAUGUAUGAUCACAAUACACAAAGGCCUAGAGGCUUUGGUUUUAUAACUUAUGAGUCAGAAGAAGCAGUUGAUAAAGUUCUAUUCAAAACCUUUCAUGAGCUUUACGGGAAAAUGGUUGAGGUUAAGAGAGCUGUUCCCAAAGAGUUAUCUCCAGGACCAACGCGGAGCCCUUCCCCUGGCUAUAACUAUGGCCUGAGUAGAGCAAGCAGUUUCCUUAAUGCUUAUUCGCCUGGAUAUAAUCCAAAUUCUACAAGUGGAUAUGGAAUGAGAAUGGAUGGUCGCUUUAGUCCUGUAACUGCUGGUCGAAGUGGAUAUCCUCCCUACAGCCCCAGUAACCAUAACUUUGGACUGAAUUUGGAUUCUGGACUCGGUUUGAACCAUGGGGUUAGUAGGGAUUCUGGUUUGGGCUAUGGAAAUGGGAUGAAUUCUUAUUUUAGUGGAGACUUUAGUCGAUAUGGUAGUUCAAAUGGAUAUGACUUAGGCAGUGCUGGAACUGGUUCUUUUAUGAGCAGUACUAACCGGAACAUGUGGGGAAAUGGUAGUCCUAAUUUUGUCACAAACUCAGCAACUUCGAAUGAUUUUAUUGGAACUCGAACUGGAAAUGCUGGGAUAGGUAGUGGUUUUGGAAGUAUAGGAGAGAUUUGGGGCCGUUCACCUGUUUCUGCUAAAGGCACAGAAGCUGGCUCUGUAAUCCGAGAAAACAUUGCUUAUGGCCAUGGGGACAAUAGCUUUGUUGACAGAGCAAGUUACACCAGAGAAAAUGGAGGCAUUCCUGGCUCCGCAUCUUUUUACUCUACGCCAAAUAAUCUUUAUGAAGAGAGCUACGGGAACUUGUAUGGAGGCUCGUUUAAUGGGGAUGAGGCCUGGCGUUCUUCAUCUCAAGAGCUUGAGGGAUCUGCCUCGUAUGGUUAUGGGCGUGGGAGUGGCACUGCUGAGGCCGCAUCUGAAACUGCAGCUGGUUAUGCUGGUGGCUAUAGUGUUAGAUCAGAUAGAGGGAUCGCGGCCUAGGAAAUUUUACAUACCUGAAGAUUAUCUGUACAAGGUGAAGCCAAAUAUACAGAGGACCAUCAUGCUGGAGAUAUGGUUACUCAUAGAGUGCGUUCGAUAAAGAUGUACUUAUUCAAGUGAAUUGGCUACCAUGAGGAGUCGAGAAUAGUUUUCUGUAAGGUCUGAAACUGAGUUACUUUUUAUAGGUUUUGUUUCUUGUUUGUGAAUUGUUUGAAUGCAUCGCGCAUUUACAUUGACAUCUGCACACGGUCUUUCCUUCGGGUAUUCUGCUGUUAGGUUAGUUAUGGUCGUUUCAGUAUCUUGCUGCCAUAAAAUAUGAUGGUGGGCUCAUUAUUCAUGUUUGUGAGGAGUGGAGUAGGAAAUGGCGCAGGAAAAGGUGUAAGUGAUCCUCACUGAUCUUGCAGCCUGAAUAUCUUAUUUAACAUUCAUUUCAAGGAAAUUAAUUGUAUUAUGUUUA